CAGAAUUUGCACUUCGAAGUCUUCAGGUCAGAGAAAAGGGGCAAAUUUCCUAGGACGAGUGCUAAGCCCAGGGCGCCCCUUAGUCCCUCUCGUAGCUUGGACAGGUUUUCUCUAUUGCCAUUGGAUGCGUGUAUUGCACACGUUCUCUCCUUCACGCUCGUACGUACUGACACAGCCAUACUAAAUCUGCUGCGAUACAGAAGCAUCGGUGGACAGACGCGUGUACUGUUUGGGAUUUCGAUGUCCACUGCAAAGGAAGGCGGGCCGCCGCCUGCUGAUGGAGAGGACGAGCGCGUUCUUGCCUUGCUCCAGGGUUUAUCGGACAAGCUGGGUGCGGUGGAGCAGGAAAUUCUGACAGACGCAAGCGGAAGGACGACGAGACGCGUGAAGGAUAAGGUGGUUGUCUCGAACAAAGGAGAGGCUCGUAACCUUCAGGAUGAGAUGCAGUCCCUGAGACGCCGCAGGACCGAGAACCCCCGGAAGGGGCCUCGGGGCAAGCUGCGCUUCUGCAUCCAAGCAAGCGUUUUGUUGCUUCUGCUGUUGGGGGGGUACCUGUACCUUCGGAGACAGACUCGGCCGUUUAGCAUCUCGCGGUGGAGGGAGGGGAACGAGUCGUUUCCAGGUCUGCACUGGUUCGAUCGGUCGUCGUUCGAGCAGGGGGGCAAGGGAACAGGCUCGCGCAAGGGGGGGGAUGAGGGGGUUGCCGACGUGUCUGAAAGUGCUUUGCGCGAAGCAAUUGAGGCGGUGAAAGAGGCGGGGAACGGAGAUGCUGCUGAUGGCGCCGUUCAGGUCGGCCUGGCGGACACCGAGGGCGCCGGAAUGGAUGAGCAGCAGAGUCAGCUGCGCAAAAAAGUGAGCGAUGCCAAGUCGUUGCUGAGCGACGAGGCGGGGGCGGCGAAAGAUGCGUUGGAGAGCUCCAAACUAGGAACGGCGAUAAAAGAGAAGGUUGUCCAAUUAGAGCAGGAGGAGGCCGAGGACGUUGACGGAGAAGGGAGCGGCGGUGGUGGGACUGUUGUUGGCGUCGGAGACGGUCGGAAAAUUGGGAGGUGACCUUUGAGGCAGAUGUGUAGGUACGACAAUGUUGGUCAUUUGCUUUUUAGAUACGUGCCGCUCCAAAGAUUUCGGUGAGGCUUGGCUGUCGUUUAUCUUCUUUUAGGGACUCCCUGUUCGUUUGAAGUUUGUGCAACGAUAGAAGAGUGCAACUGUAUCUCACUGGAUGGAGAAUAUAAGCAGGUGAUUGGUCCACGAGAAAGGUUGACCUGCGGCUUCUUGUGGCCUUUGAGGAUUGCUGUGUUGGAAGCAUGUGACUAGUUCAUUCAAAGCAGUGGACCGAGAACCCGUACAUCGAACUUGGAGCUCUUCGAUUUGGAUUCAAGUUGGCCUAGGCAAUGGACUUCCCAGUAUGAUCCUCGAAGCGACCAACUUGAGACGAAACCUGGUUCUAACUAUGAGUGAAUGCCUAGAUUGCACUGAGCCUGCCGCUAGCUUGGUCCAAGUUACUGAUUG